CUUGAUUUGUUACAAUUUUUUCUCAGCAUCCAUGAAAAGGUUAAAUAUUUCACUUAAGUUUAAUUGAUUGUUUGAUCUAUACCCUUUCCCCGUAGGAUGCUGUAGAAAUUACCAUGGAUUCUAAACGCAAACCAGGAGGCACCCCUCGCGGGUCUCAGGCAAAGAGGGCCAGGGUCCAGGACUUUGAGGACCAGGACCCGUCGGUAUUUGAGGAAGAGCUGGCCUUGAUGGAGCAGAUCGAGUCCGAGUCCCAAGGGACCAACGGAUCAGACCAAGGAUCAGCGCCGUUGCCAAGCAGUGAUCCUAAAUCACAGAGUAAGCAUCCUAAAUGGCCUCGUCCUCCGUUGGCUCCUAUCGACCCCUCAAAGGACUCCAUUGUUUUCCAGCAAAUUGAUCUCGAGCAUUAUAUUGGAUCUCACAUCCAGGGCAUGCCCGGCGCUACGUCAGGCCCGACGCCGAUCAUCCGAAUGUUCGGCGUGACCGAGGCGGGAAACAGUGUCCUGUGCCACAUCCACGGGUUCACGCCCUACUUCUACAUCCCCGCCCCGCAGAACUUCGUCCCCGAGCACUGCUCCAAGUUCAGGAUGUGUGUCAACGAUGCUGUCCUAGCCGACAUGAGGUCAAACAAGGACAACUUGACCCAGGCUGUCUUGGCCGUGGAUGUCAUGCAGAAAGAAAAUAUCUAUGGUUUCCAUGGAAACAAGAUGAUGCCUUUCCUGAAGAUCACCAUGGCAUACCCUAAGCUGAUAGCCCCAGCUAGGAGACUCCUAGAGGCGGGGCUAUCGGUCCCACCGUACCCGCACAGGGGCUACCAGACCUAUGAGAGUAACAUUGACUUUGAGAUCAGGUUUAUGGUCGACGCAGAUGUCGUUGGUUGCAACUGGAUCGAAGUACCUGCAGGAACCUACCGCGUUCGCUCAUCCUCCGGUCAUGCCCCCACGUCGGUGUCACAGAUCGAGAUCGACGUUGCUUGGGAUCGCUUCAUCAGUCAUCCCCCCGACGGCCAGUGGGAGAAAGUGGCACCGUUCAGGAUUCUGAGUUUUGAUAUCGAGUGCGCGGGGCGGAAAGGUAUUUUCCCAGAAGCCGAGAAGGAUCCCGUCAUCCAGAUUGCCAACAUGGUGAUUCGGCAGGGAGAGAGAGAUCCGUUCAUUAGAAACAUCUUUACUCUCAACACGUGCGCCCCCAUUGUCGGCUCCCAAGUCAUGUCUUUCAAGACGGAACACGAGAUGCUUCAGGCAUGGGCCAACUUUGUCCGAGAGAUAGACCCCGACAUCCUGACGGGUUACAACAUCCAAAACUUUGAUAUCCCGUACCUGAUCAACCGUGCUGCUGCCCUCAGACUGUCGCGCUUCCCGUUCCUCGGACGUCUCAAGAACACCAAGAGUGUGAUCAGGGACGUCUCGUUCCAGUCCAAGCAGCUCGGCAAGCGAGAGAACAAGUCCGUCAACAUGGAAGGUCGUGUGCAGUUUGAUCUUCUUCAGGUGGUUGUGAGGGAUUACAAGCUGAGGUCAUAUCGUCUAAACGCCGUCAGUUACCACUUCCUCCAAGAGCAGAAAGAAGACGUUCAACAUUCCAUCAUCACAGACCUUCAGAAUGGCAAUGAACAGACGAGAAGGCGAUUGGCCGUCUACUGUUUGAAAGAUGCCAUGCUGCCUCUGCGUCUCCUUGACAAGCUCAUGUCCGUCAUCAACUACAUGGAGAUGGCGAGGGUGACGGGCGUGCCUCUCACCUAUCUGCUCUCCAGAGGGCAGCAGAUCAAGGUUGUCUCACAGCUUCUAAGAAAGGCUAAGGAACAGGACCUGGUGAUGCCUGCCCACAAAGUAGAGACGGGAGAUGACUUUGUCGGAGGUUACGUCUUGGAUCCAAUCAGAGGGUACUAUGACUGUCCCAUCGCUACGCUGGAUUUCUCUUCCCUAUACCCAUCCAUCAUGCAGGCACAUAACCUCUGCUAUACAACGCUCUUAUCACCGUCUAUGAAAGAGAACCUUGCACCUGAUCAGUACAUCAAGACGCCAACAGGGAACUACUUCGUCAAGAAGUCGAUAAGGCGAGGCAUCCUGCCAGAGAUUCUUGAAGACCUACUGACAGCUAGAAAAAGAGCCAAGGCUGAUCUGAAGAAAGAAACCGACCCACUGCGCAAGAGAGUGUUGGAUGGCCGUCAGUUGGCGCUCAAGGUCAGCGCCAACUCCGUCUACGGUUUCACCGGAGCGCAGGUCGGCAAGCUGCCAUGUCUGGAGAUCUCGCAGAGCACGACGGCCUUCGGGAGGAUGAUGAUCGAUAAGACGAGACAGCUGGUGGAGACUAGAUACACAGUGGAGAACGGGUACAAGACUACUUCAAAGGUUAUCUAUGGAGACACUGACUCGGUAAUGGUGAAGUUUGGUGUCAAGACCGUAGCAGAGAGUAUGGAGCUAGGUAAAGAGGCUGCCGCAUGGAUCUCAGACGAGUUCCCACCGCCCAUCAAACUAGAGUUUGAAAAGGUCUACUUUCCGUACCUACUGAUUAACAAGAAGCGCUAUGCAGGUCUCUACUUCACCAAACCAGACACCUACGACAAGAUGGACUGCAAGGGAAUCGAGACGGUCCGCAGAGACAGCUGCCCUCUCGUGUCCAACGUCUUGAAUAACGUCCUUCAGAAGAUCCUCAUUGAAAGAGAUCCGACGGGAGCGUUGGACCACACCAAGCAGACGAUCUCUGAUCUCCUAUGUAACCGCAUCGACAUCUCACAGCUUGUGAUCACCAAGGAGCUGACUAAGACAGGGGAGGAGUACGCUGGAAGACAGGCUCAUGUUGAACUAGCCGCAAGGAUGAAGAAGAGGGACCCAGGAAGUGCCCCAACCCUAGGAGACCGUGUUCCUUACGUCAUCAUCGCAAAGGCAAAAGGAGCUGCAGCAUAUGAAAAGUCAGAGGAUCCCAUCUAUGUACUUGAGAACAACAUUCCAAUUGACACCACGUACUACCUGGAGAAUCAGCUGAAAGGGCCUCUGCUUCGGAUCUUCGAGCCUGUCGUAGGGGAAAACAAAGUAGAACAAGUGUUACUGAAGGGGGACCACACCCGAGCUAAGACACAGGUAACCUCCAAGAUCGGCGGUCUCAUGGCGUUCGCAAAGGUGAGGAGCAAGUGCCUGGGAUGUAAGAUGGGGAUGGACAAGGAUGGGGUCGCUCUCUGCAAGUUCUGCAAACCCAACGAAUCGUCCAUCUACCAGAAAGAGAUCAGCCAGCUAGCCGCUUUAGAGGAGAAGUUUGGACGUCUCUGGACCCAGUGUCAACGAUGCCAGGGCAGUCUCCAUGAAGACAUCCUAUGUACCAGUCGUGACUGUCCCAUCUUCUACAUGCGUAAGAAAGUACAGAAGGACCUUGCUGAUCAAGACGGUCUCAUCAAGAGGUUUGGUAACCCAUGCUGGUGAUCAACGACCACCAUCGACUACAGUAUCGUGUCAAAGAAGACAAUUAUGUUGUACUAGAUCUUGACAGGUUUCAUAGGGGUAGUACUUUGUGAUGAUAAAGUAUAUUCAAUCUCUUGUAUAAAUCCUCCUGAAAAUGGUGAUCGACGACCACCAUCAACCAUGGUAUCAUGUCAAAGAAGACAAUUUGUACUAAAUCUUGACAAUUUCCAGGGGGAGUACAGAUUCCGAGGAUACAUUGUAUUUAAAUCCCUCUCAUAUUUCUUCAUGGUGUUAUGUGUUAUAUGCAACCGCUUUUGAUUUCUCAAAGUGACCUUGGACAGCUUGGACGAGCCUCAUAGAGACACAGAAGCGUGAUCACUCAAUACCGUGCUUUACUCAAGCUGCUCAAAUUGGACAUAGUUGACCUUGAUAAGAAUACAACCAGGGUAUCGUGUUGAAGAGAGGCUAUCAAGUUGUUCUAAAUCUUGUCAAUAUCCACAGGAAUAAACUGUGACUUAAAGUAUAUUCAAACUUGUGUAUACAUCCCUCUCCAUCUGGUGAUCGACAACCUCCAAUACAGUAUCGUCCUUAAGAAAGACAAUUUUGUUUAAAGGCAUUGUUUAACAAUGUUAAAUCUGAGAUGCUUGGCCCUACAUGUUAUCAGUGUCUGUGAUAUGUUAUAAUAUUGAAGACCUAAGAAAAGUGCCUCAAAAAUUAAAAAUCUUUUGAGUGACCCGGUUUAACCAUACUCAUUUUCCCCAAUAGACUGUAGUGUAAU